UAAAGAUUACAUUUUAUUUACACAAUUAAUUAUCUAUACAAUGAACAAACAGGAGGGGAAACACUGGGCGGUAUCAAACAAAAGAAGAUAACCAAAACAGAAAUAUAUAAGCUAUUAACAAUUCUAGAAAUGAAAGAAACUAACUAACUGAAACCCGAAAAUCUUCCGAACCUAACUAACUACACUGGCUAUUCUAAACUGAACAAAAACAUACAAGGGUGGUACACGCCCGUAUCUAUAUAUACAUAUACACAAGUGAAACUAACAGUGACAGUUAAGAAAAAAAACACCUACCUAAAUCCCACUCCUUAUAUAUAUACACAAGUGAAACUAACAGUGACAGUUAAGAAAACAAACACCUACUUAAAUCCCACUCCUAACCCAACACAAAACCAGCAACCAAACCAGAGGCGCAAACCCAAACUCGAAGUCUUUUCAGAAAUUACGAUCGAUACACAGAAGUCAAAAUAGCACGAAGUCACAAUAGUAAUACAGGAGGCAACUAACAUUCAAAUCCAAGUCACUGGGGUGUAACUGACAAUAUUCGCUAUAUGUAUAGGUGGGGGUCUGUUCCUCAUUGGCCGCCAGGCAGGUCCGCAGAAGAGGAUUGGGGGGGAAACAACGCACUCUUCCCUCUUCUUCACCAAUUGCGGAAUGACCCGUAGCAGACUUCACGGAAUAAUGAGACCGAAAGAAAAAAACAAACCUGGCACGUAACACUCCCACCCAUAAAAUCAAAACCUUUACUUUUUUACCGAGACUUCGCCCUCGCUUCCUGGCUCCCCUCCUUUGCUCUCCAGGCCGCAGCAGGACCAUCGGGUGGACCCGGAGGACGAGGCCGAGGAGCAGGCAGACGGGGGACCCGAGGACCUCCUCACAAUGACGGCGGCGGCACCCGGAUCCAGCGAGACCAGCUACGCGGAUCAACGCCUGGUGCCAGCUACCGGAAGGGAGGUCCCACUGCACCUUGUGGAGCCGACCCCUGAUCGGCUCCCUUGGUGCGGCAACGUUGGUCCCCCUUGGAAGGACUAACAUCUCUGAGCGCUGUCCCUGUGCUUCUCCCAUCUACUUAGGUCCGGCCUGAGAGAGAGGGAGGAUGGCUACGGGACCGCAACCGGGAGUCCGACGCCACAACGCCGUCCGGAUGACGUUGCAGAACAGCGGAGAAGGGGGCAGUGGUGCUAGUGGCCCCCCCCAGGUGGCACAAGGGGCGAAGGGCGCAGCCGCAAGGGGCGCCGCAGAGCCAGCAGCUACUGGGGGGGCAAGCAAUGCCGCUGCCCCCAACGUCAACAGGAGAGUGACAGAUGAGGACCGCAGCAGACCCAGACGGGACCGCUCCAGCGACUUGCUGCGGUCCCUCAUAGAGGACUUCUCCCUCCGCGACGCCGGGGGCGCCUCUCCCCCCCAACACACGUGGGUGAGUUCCUCUGGCAGCUCCUCUUCGAGAAUCGAUUUGUUUCUGCUCUCCCCAGGCCUGGGGGUGCCCGCUUAUUCCAUCCAGGCGGUGCACUUCUCGGACCACCACAUGGUGACCGUGUCCCUGACCUGGAAGAAGUCUAUAACCGUGGGUAAGGGGCUCUGGCGGAUGAACAUCAGCCAUCUCCGAGACCCCCAGGUGCGACUCUCCUUCUCGAGACGUUACCUGGAGUGGGUGAGUCUGAAACACCUCUUUGACUCCCCGGUGGAGUGGUGGGAGAUAGUGAAGGAGCGAGUGCGAGGCUACUUCCGGGCAGUCGGGCGGAGGAAGGCAAAGGAAAGGAGGGCAGUUUUUGUACAACACAAUGCUGCCCUCCAGAGACUGAGCCUCCUCCAGUCCCGAGGCCUGGAUGUUAGCAGUGAGAUCGCACGGACUCGGCAGAGCCUCACCACCCUCUACCGGGAAGAGCGUGAAAAAUUUACUUUCCGCUCCAAACUCCAGGGCCUCGAGGAGGAUGAGAAGUGCACACGGUUUUUCUUCCGCAGGGCGCGGUCUAAGACUAAUAACAUCUUGUCUCUCUAUAACAACAGAGGUGUGGUGGUGUCUGAAGAGGCGGAGGUCCGGGAGGUGGCCCGGGAGUUCUACGGGGGCCUCUAUAGUGAGAGUCCCUCCGAUGGGGCUCUCAUGGACACCUUCCUGGGCGGCCUUGACAGACGUCUGGGUGACGAGCGGAUGGACUCGGGAGUUGAGCACCGAGGAGCUCACCCGGGCCGUGCUCUCCCUCAACCAACAUAAAGCUCCGGGUCCUGACGGAAUCCCAGGUGGACUUCCGAAAAAACAAGGACCUGGCGAGAGAGAAAUGGGGGUGGACCACUGGAAAGAACUUAUCAUAUAGUCCACCCCCCCAGGAGGGGCACGUGCUCUGCACACCACUCCCAAGCGCACGUAUUGUUUAACUUUUUAUAUGUUAUUUAUUGUUAAAUCUUAAAAUAAUUAUUGUCUUCGUGAGUGUUAUUAUCGAUAUAUGUAUUCUUGUUUUUGCAAUUGUCUUCUGUUAUCUUUUUGAGUGUUAUUAUGUUUCGUAAUUUUUGUAAAUGUCUAUGUCUAAAUGUGCUUUGGUUCCUGUUUUGAUGUUUUAAAAAAAGGAAAGUUUUAAAAAAUGUAAAAUGUUAAACC